CAUUUUGGUAUUCAAAAAUCCGGCUUCGUUGUUCCGAAAACUGCGGGUGAAAAAAACAAUAUUUUAGCAUGCUUUCUUUUUUAAAACAUUCUCUGUAUAAUGAUGGAUAGUGUUACACAGGACCGUUUUUGCAAUUUCAUUUUUUAAAACUAUAACUUUAUAGUACAUUUUAUUAUACAAGUUUUUUUCAAGCAAGUACAAUUUAUUUCAGCCGUGAUAAUGAAUCUAUCAAUUUAUAUUUUAUUGUGCUCUUCAAUAUUAAGUACAUCAUGGGGAAACAACCAGUAUAUGAUAGUCACAGAUGAUGAAGGCAUUUGGCCUACAGAAACAGACGUAACUAAUUAUUCUCCAACAUGGGCCAGUUUAGAUAGCCGUCCACUUCCACAAUGGUACGAUGAUGCAAAAUUAGGCAUUUUUAUUCAUUGGGGUGUCUUUAGUGUUCCCAGUUUUGGUUCAGAAUGGUUUUGGAAUAAUUGGAAAGAUGAAAAAGACACUACUAAAUAUAGUGACUUUAUGAAACAAAGAUAUCCACCAAAUUUUACAUAUCAGGAUUUUGCUCAUGAAUUCACUGCUGAAUUUUUUAAUGCUACUCAGUGGAGUGAAAUGUUUCAAGCUUCAGGUGCAAAAUACGUAGUAUUAACAAGCAAACAUCAUGAGGGAUAUACUCUUUGGCCUUCAAAGUACUCUUUUAGCUGGAAUUCUGUAGAUGUAGGACCACAAAAAGAUCUUGUAGGUGAAUUGUCAAGUGCAAUAAGAAGUUCAACCAAUUUGAGAUUUGGUCUUUAUCAUUCUAUGUAUGAGUGGUAUAAUCCUCUUUAUUUGUCUGAUAAAGAAAAUAACUUUACAACACAGAUUUUUGUUCAGCAAAAGAUUAUUCCUGAAUUGCAUGAGUUAAUAGAAAAAUAUAAGCCAGAAGUUAUAUGGUCUGAUGGCGACUGGGAAGCAUCAGAUACAUACUGGAAAUCAAAGGAAUUUUUGGCAUGGUUGUAUAAUGAAAGUCCUGUAAAAGACACGGUUGUUGCGAAUGAUAGAUGGGGUGCAAAUAUUCCAUGCCAUCACGGCGAUUUUUAUACAUGUUCCGAUCGCUACAAUCCUGGAGUGCUGUUGCCUCAUAAGUGGGAAAACUGUAUGACAAUUGAUAGAAAAUCUUGGGGAUUUCGUAGAAACGCUGUCUUAUCAGAAUAUUUUACCCUACCAGAAUUAGUAAAAGAAUUAGUAAUUACUGUAAGCUGCGGAGGAAAUUUAUUGAUGAAUGUUGGACCAACAAAAGAUGGCAUUAUUUCUCCAAUAUUUGAAGAAAGACUGCGUGGAAUGGGUGAUUGGCUAGAAAUAAAUGGAGAAGCCAUUUAUAAUACCAAACCUUGGAAAACACAAAAUGAUACCUUAAAUAAUAACGUUUGGUAUACAUCCAGUAAAGAUAAAGAAUAUGUUUAUGCACUAAUUCUUGAAUGGCCAACUGAUGGUAUAUUACAUUUAGGGUCACUGGUGGUACCUACUUACUCGCAAAUUUACUUACUUGGAUCUAAAAAUUCUAUUAAAUGGGAACAAGAUAAUGAAAAAUUAAGUGUAUUUUUACCAGCAGAAUUAAACAAAGGUCAACCAGCAUGGGUGUUGAAAAUAAAGCAGAAAUAAAAUGCUACAUUUAACAGCA